UGACGGCCAUGGAAGUCAGUUCUUUCGAUCACGCGAGGAAAAAAAUCCAAAUUUAUGAUUAAUUUUUAUCGUUCUAAACUUAAUAAUUAUGGUAUUUAAUGUUUGUGUAUGGCAAAAUAAGUGUUUAUUAGUGUUUCAGUAACAAUCAGAGUGCGUUUUUAGUGCUUUAAAGCAAUGAAAUGUUUCAUUUUUUUGUGAUCCACAUAAUGUGUUGUUAAAAAAAGAGUUUUUUUGUACCAUCCGUGCCCAUUACAGAAACCAAAAUGAACCAAACCCAAAUGCCGGCAGAGAUGGAUCCACUGAGCUAUGAAUACACUCAGUACGAAAACUACAAUUGCCAAGCUCCACCGAUGCCGACUUGUAACUACAAUGUGAAAACAGAACAACAGACAGGACCGAUUAACACAGAAUUCUACAACAUCUUCAAUGCGAUACAACAGGAGAUGCUGAAUCACCAAGACAAGGUGUUGACGAGCUUAAACAAUAAGAAACCUGAGUCAAUAGUAACUAACCCGACACCCCAAAAAGAAGUGGUUAAACCGCUCUGUAAAACCGAAGAAGAGAAACAAAAGAAACGUUUAAAGGGCAGAACGAGUAAAUAUUGGUCAGAGAAGAUCAAAGAUGGCAACUUUAAGUUUUACGGUUGCUCGGUGUGCAAUGUAAGUUUUACCGCUCUACAUGAAUUGGACCAACAUGUGACAGUGCACAAAGACAGAGUCACUAGCUAUGACUUGAAGAUAAAGAACUUGCUAAGAAGAAAGAAAUUAAAGAAGGAGAAGAAGAAAAUGAAAAAGCUAACCAAAAUUAAAACAGAAGAUAAUACUCUUGAAAAUAAUACACUUGAAAGUAACACAUCCGAAGUUGAAAUCAAACCAGAAGAUGGUUACAUUGGCAACGAAACAGCAUCCUCCUUUUUAAAUCACAACAAUGAGAAUCAACCAGACGAUAAGAAAGAUAUUAAACCGAUCACCGAUGAGAAUGAACGUAAGGACAUCACCGAACAGAUGUCUGAUUCGGAAAAGCAGUCUCUGUUGAACUUGCAGAAGAUUUACAAGUGUUUUGCUUGUAACAAGCAGUUUACGUUGAGUUAUUACUUGAAACUGCAUGUUCGGUCACAUACAGACGAGAAGCCUUACACCUGCUCAGUGUGCGGUCAGUCAUUCAUAACAGCCAGCAAGCUGAGCCGGCACAACAAGAGGAUACACCUGGCGAUCAGGCACCAGUGCAGGAUAUGCUACAGAUUCUUCACCAAAUUUGAGAAUUUGACGGCCCAUUUUGAUAAGAAACACCAUGACGAUAAGUUAGAAGGAGAACCGUAUGAUUAUAACGCCAUAUUGCCAUAUCUGAAAGAGUUGGAAGAAGAGCUGAAAGAGAAGGCGGAACAAGAGAAAGAGAGGAAGAAGUUGAACAACCCCUUCGAGGGGUGGGGGUUGGCCCCACCAGAGGGAGAUAUAUUGCCCAAGACCGAAAUAGAAGUGCCGGUGGAAUUGACACCUCUCAAGGUCAUCAUAGAGGAGGUCAAAAUCGACCCGCCCGACGUAGAGAUCAAGGUGGAGCCCAUAGAAAUGGAAACCGCGGAUGUAACAGCCGAUGAUGCUGCCGACGUGGCAGCGGAUGCGGCCGUCGAUGACGCGGCCGAUGAACCUGUGAAGUCUGAGGACGAUAAUGAUAGCGUUAAAGAUGAGAGGUUGUCCGAUGAAGACUAUUUCCCAUCGAACACAUGGGCUCGUUCACCGAAGAUAGAAGAAUCUCCACCGUCCCCCAAGACCAGAGGUGCUAAAACUGUAGGACCUUUAAAGUGCAGUGUUUGUGAGAAAACUUUGAGUACCGCUUCAUAUUUGAGAGUUCAUAUGCGCACUCAUACAGGUGAAAAGCCAUUCAAGUGUUAUAUAUGCAAUAGGGGAUUUAUAACGUCAAGCAAGAUGCAUAGACACGUGUUGACACACGAAGAAACUUGGCAGGGUGAUGGUAAAGAAUUGAAAGUGGAAUUUGUGAAACCGGAACCUGGCGCUCAAGAAGACCAAGAGGAAGACAAGACGAAGAUCAAGAAACGUAUUAAGAAAGCGAAAGCGCAGUUCAACAAAAAGUCUAAAAGCAAAGUUAGCAAAUACAAGACCAGGCCGCACUCGUGUGAAUAUUGCCAGAAGAAAUUCCUACAUUUGGAAACGUUGCAGGUUCACAAGAAGAGUCACGCGGGCGAGGAACUGGUUCUGAAAUGUUCGUUCUGCCUCGACGUGAUGAUCGACGAGACCGCCCUCAGGGAGCACGAGGCCACGCACGUGGGACCGCGCCCUUACGUCUGCACCAUAUGCGGCCGGACAUACAAGAAGCGGGAGACCAUGGUCUACCACCGUAAACACCAUAAGCCCGACAAGGAAUUCCAAUGCAACGUCUGCUCUAAAAGCUUCAACGCCUCUUGCAAACUACAGCGCCAUCUAUUGAGCCAUAGGACAGACAAAUUCGUAUUACGAUACGAAUGUCCAGUGUGCGCUCACAUGUUCCAUACUAAAUACCACGUGCAGAUGCAUCUGUCUACGCACCAGAAGGAGGGAUUAAUCGUGGAAGAGAACCGAAAUCAAAUACUAGCAAUGGUUUUACAAAACGCGCGAAAAAUACCGAAAAACAACGACAGUGGCGCCGCGGCCAACGCUAGCGCCAAUCCUACCGAACUAUUGCCCACUACAGACGAGAGAUCCCGCGUCUGCAACAUAUGCGGUGAGGUCUUCCAACAUUUCUUCUACUUGGAAGAACAUUUGAAGGGCCACGGGUCCAAGAUAGCCAUCGAAGACUUGGAGAAAGCCGAAGAAAAGAAACAUGUCUGUCAAGUUUGCAACAAAAGCUUCAAGUUACAUUACUAUUUGAAAUUACACAGCUUCACACAUACUAAAGAGAAGCCUUACAUCUGCCAGCAGUGCGGUAAAGGGUUCAUUACCAAAGGGAAACUGAAAAGGCAUUUGGAAACUCAUACGGGGUUGAAGAAGUACCAAUGUCAUAUUUGCUAUAAAUUCUUUACGAGGACCAGUUAUUUGAGAAUACACGUUAGGACUAUUCAUGGAACACAGGACUACAAUUUUAGGUUGCAAAAGGGUUAUGACUUGCCAAAUAUGUGUCAAGAGACCAUAUAGACGAGAACUGGGGUAAGUCGAUUUUUUGGGAUUUUUUUUUCGGUUCGGUGAAUGAGAGAUAAUGUAUGUUUAUAUGACUGGGUUUCUUAAAAAAAAAAGAUGAUAAAGAUUUUCUAUUUUUUUUAUUGUAAAAGUAACAGAAAACUUACUUUGUUUUUGGGUAAUUAUUUGGAAUUGUAAUUGUUAAGAGCCCUUUCACAUUUUUUCAAAAGAAUCGUAAUUUUUGAGCGCCUCGUUUACCCCCUUACAAUUUUUUUUGACUAUUUCCAAUAGAAGUAAACGGUAGAUUUAGUCUUCCUAUUGUAAGUUAAUGUAGAAUAUUUGCCUUUUUUGUACUAAUUAUUCUACUGCAGCUAGUUUACGGAAAAAACGAUAAUAUGCUCAACUUCAAACGCCUCAAUCUCUCAAUAAUGUUCAAUAAAUUAGAUCAAAUAUAAUUACUACGACAUCAGAAAUAUGUUUUUGUUGUAACAUAAUGUAUUAGAAUUUUGAUUUUCCAUCUCAUUAAUUAUCAAAAAAAAAAUCUAACCUCCGUGAGUUUUCCCAAAAAAAUAUGCAGGUUUACCUCGUAUUUUGAUAUAGAAUUAAAUAGAAUUACUAUCAAAAACUUUCAUAAAACUAAUCUACCAUCAUUAAACUACUGAAAUUAGUAUAUAUUUUUAUAAUUAGUUCAUUAAUAAUUAUUUUAUAAGACUCGAUACAUCACCCGUAAAAUGCAAUAUAUACUAGAGAAAUCUACCUACGCGCCGAUCAGUACGGCAGCGGCGCAAUUUUGUAAAAGGGCUCUUAACGGGCAAUAUUCAUGUUUAAGUUAAUAAAAAGAUACCUAUUAUACCACAGAGACGAACAUAAACAAAGGUAUUUUGCAUUUCUGUAGCAAAAUAAAAAUGUGUACUUAAGUUUUACAAUUACUCCCUGUUUUAUGGUUCCUGUGAGGAAGAAUACGUUUUUGUCAUAAUAAAUAGUUAAUUCUAUUUUCAUUAAGUUUUUAUUAAUAUUAAGGUGAAAUACUAUGUAUUAUUUUUAUUAAUCAAACUAAAAAAAAAAAAAGAAAGGAAUAUGUGGAUAAUCAUGGUUAAUUCAUUACUGGGCCAGUAGUUUCAAUUUACUAUGCGUAUAACGAAUAGUGUCACAUUCCUAGAGACGGUUAUGUUGACAAUACGUUUCUCGUAACGCAGGAUACGGUUGUCGAAAUUGAUCUGCUGUUUUUUUAAUACUUUUUAAUAGUUUAAACGUGUUACGUAACUGUGUAGCUACUCAUCUUGAUAAAUGCCGCAGUUUUAAUAACUUAUCUGUCAAAAAAUUUCGUCAAUAGACAAUCCAAAAUGGUCGUCUUUGGCAGUCAAAAAUCCCUGUCUCAUUUUUCAAUAAAAAAAUCUUAAACUUUAUUUAAAAUAAAAUCAGUUGAGAAUCAAAUGAUGAAAAAAAUAUGAAUUUCUCAGUGAAAUAACAAAAGCCCACAACACAGAAUACUAAAUAGGCUUAACAGUUGCCCGAGUACUGUAAUUACAAUACAAAUUUUCGUGAAACAGACUUUAUCUUAUAAUUUAGUGGUGGAGCAAGUCAUUUGUUUAUAAAUUAUUUAAAAAAAGUAAUUAGAUUUUAAAGAAAAACACGUUUCAAUGUAACCAUUUAAAAUUUUCCUUCACACAAUCACUGUAAAACAAAGUAGUCUUAAGUGUAUUUUUAAUAAAUUCAAGAUUAUCCCCAAGUUUACUAUUUUUCGGGUUAAUAGUGUUAUAAAUCUUUGUUAAUAAAUUACGUCUUAAAAUAAACGCUUUGUAAAACGCCACAUUUAACUUUUAAGUGUUGUUAAUAUAUAAAAACGGAUUUGUAAAUAAUUAUAUUUACUUAAAGAAAAUUAUAUUAAAUAUGGGGACCGAAUUAUUCUGUUUUCGCAAAUCGGUCGUCUGUCUGUAUAUGUAAAAUUUUCAAAAUAUUCAUUUGGCAUUAUUGUAGAGGCACUCGAUUUACCAAACUGAGAACACACACGUUUUCACUGUCUUUGAAUAAGUUCUUGGUGCGAUAAACGUCUAAUUUUUACGCGUAUGAAUUAUUCUGUUUAUUCAAAUUGGAUAUUAUGAUACAAAAAUAUUAUUAUUUUAUUGUUAGAAACGUCUGCGAAACUGAGGAAUCAGAAAUAAUUAAAAAAUAGUGCAGAUAAGGCUGUAUGGACUUUGUUUCUUUUGCUUUCCCAAAUUUGAAAUUUAAAAAAAAACUUAAAUAAAGACUAUGGCUGCAUUGCUCUGCCUUUGUCUUUAUCAAGACGGGAAUACAGAUUAAAAACAAACAAUAUUUGAAAUAAUUUUCAUGAAUUCGCUCCAAGAACUCUAUUGAAAGAACUUUAAUUUCGCAUUGAAACUCGUUUUAUUUAAACGAUAAAAUAACAUGAUAAUUUUGAAACUUGAAAUCGCCUUUAUCAAUUAAAAAAAACGAAAACACUAUUUCUAAAUCUUGCCUGUAAUUUUUUCUUUAAACAAAAUGUAAAUAUUAUUGUUGUUAAGAAUUUUUAAAUACUAAUUAAUUAUAAAAUAGAAAAAAAUCUUUUGUUUUACAAUAACUUUUAUCUUAGGAAAUUUAUUAAGUUUAAAUUACAUAGUUCCAAGUGUAAUUAAUAUUAUUACACUAGUUGUUGGGUAGCUAUUCUUUAUUAUAUUAAAACACGGUUUUCUUGCAAUACUAUUAAAGCGAAACAAAAACACAAAUUGCGUUGGUUAAUAACUUUUCUGUACAAUGUUCUGUAAGGUGGAGUAUACUGCGUUUAAAUUUGAGCGGGAAAUUUAACUAUACCCACAGCUUAGAUUAAAACAAAAAUGGAAGACGCUCAUACUAGCAUCAAAUAAAAUAUGAUCCGACUCAACUUCAUGAGCAACUCUCACACAAGCACACGUCUGUAUAUACAUAUAAACAUUCAAUCGAGCGAGCGAGACAGAACUGUACCCCUACCGCUAACCAUUAUCGAAUUCGAAUAGUUUGCGAGUGCGAAAUGUCAAUGUCAAUCUUUGUAUGGAAACUUGAACAGCAGCGCCACAGAGUGCGUAAAGUUUUUUUUUUCUUUAGUUCUAUUCUUCUCUGUUGAGAAAGGCAAAGGCAAAGCCAUGCAGCCAUAGUCUUAUUUUUGUAUUAAUCUUCCUUUUUUUACAUUAGAUGUGGGUGUGACGCAUUCUAAUGUUUCUUGGAGUGUUUGGCACGAAAUAUAUCGAGUUGGCUUUUUCGAUAAGCUUCUGUGAGGUAGUCAAUACUACAAUAAAGUUCUCACGUCCAUUUGACCGGAAUAGCGUAUAUUUUAAAGAUUCCACUAAUUCUUCAGUUGCGCAGACGGUUGUAACACAAAAUCACACCAUUUUUAUUUCACAAUAUAUACUAUGAACAAAUUUAAGAUAAUUAAAAUAAGACGCCAACCGCACUCGAUGAAAUCCCGCCAAAAACUCUCUAAAAAUUUGUACAGAAUUGACAAUGACAUUUCGGACUCAAAUGUAUAUUGAUUGUUAGUUCUCGUUACGUCCUUUGUGGCGCUGCUGUUCAAGUUUCCAUACCAAAUUUGACAUUGACAUUUCAAACUCGCAAACUAUACGAAUUCCAUAUUGGUUCGUGUUAAGUGUACUGAAACGGCGAGCCCGUGUCGCUUUCCAGCCGGCUGCGUUUUCUUUCUCUCUCUUCAAACGAAGGCUUUGCGAAGAGAUGGCGCUGCCUUGCAGAUUAAAAAACAGUAGAGAGAAUUAGUACCAUUAUGGUCAGUACAUCCGCCCGGAUAGCGAAGGAUGCGGGUUCGAGUCCCAUCUGCUGCCUGGCCCGCGUAGAAUUUUUUCUAGUAAACUUUUCUAAUAAUCUCUCGCUACGGAACAAAAGUGUGGGCUCAUAGGCACAAAUAACAAAGCUUCUUUGAUUGUAUUUGUCUUUACUGAGGAUUUGAGAGAAUUAUACAAACAAACAACGAACACGCAAUACGAUUUGGACAGUUAUUAAAUGUACCAUUGUAAUUUUGCUGGCACCUCGCUUGGUUAUUCGAGUUGGCUAUUUGCAAACUUGGCAUCAGUCUGUCCUUAUCUUUCUUUAGAGAGCAUGAUAAAGAUAGACUGGCGUCGAGUUCACAAAUAGCGAAUACGAAUAGGCAAGAGAAGUAAAUAUAAAGGAAAAAAAAAAUGUGUUUAAUUCCACAGAAAAUUUGAUUCAGGUGCUUUUUAUUAUUAUUGUAUAAUUAUAUAUAUAGGGUGAUCAAUUUCGGGUAUUAUCCAAUAUACAG